AUGGCGGGAGAAAAGCGAAGAACUUGUGUUGAAAAUGAUAUAUCAGCUGGAACCAGAGUCUUGCUUCUAGAUAUUGAAGGAACAACCUCUUCUAUAAGUUUUGUGAAAGAUCACAUGUUCUCAUAUAUCAAGGAAAAUGUGGAACAAUACUUGAAAACUCAUUGGAAUGAGGAGGAAUGUCGAUGUGAUGUUGAGGAACUGCGACAGCUGGCAGACACCGAUCUAGAAGAAAAGGUGGAAGGUGCUGUUAAAAUUCCACUGCUGGAAGAUGAAUUAGAGGAAACUGUCAGGAAGGCAGUGGUUGCUAACGUUCUGUGGCAGAUGAGUCUGGACCGUAAGACGACGGCAUUGAAACAGCAUCAGGGCCACAUGUGGAGAGCUGCGUUUAAGACGGGAAUACUAAAGGGCCACAUUUAUGACGAUGUUGUACCCGUGCUGGAGGCGUGGAAGGAGAAGGGAUGCAGUGUGUACAUCUACUCCUCCGGUAGCGUGGAUGCACAGAAGCUGCUAUUUGGAUAUUCAGAGAAGGGCGACCUAUUACAUCUAUUUGCAGGACAUUUCGACACAAAGGUUGGCAUGAAAAUGGAGACGGAAAGUUAUAGGAAUAUAGCGAAGGAGUGCGAGUGCAAACCAGAAGAAAUGAUCUUCUUAACCGAUGUUGUUAAAGAGGCACAAGCUGCCAAGCAGGCAGGAAUGAAAGUGGCGCUGGUAGAGCGGCCUGGAAAUGCACCACUUACACAGGAGGACAGGGCGGAUUUCGAUGUUAUCCAGUCGUUCAAAAACAUCGGUGUAGAGGUGCAGCACCCUUGCAAUAAUGAGGCAGGUAACUCUGAGGCAAAAGUUGCCAGACUGAGUGAGAGUGGUGAUACAGACCAUUCCAUUGCAAACAUAUUGAAUAAAGAGUGAACU